CAGCCCUUUGGACGCUGAUGAUCGCAAAUAUUUUUCAGGUUAACCGGCGGGCAAUCGUUGGGUGAUCUGUUUGACAAACCACUUCAAGCAGUUGUUAUGGAAACGCAAUUGAUUAUAGUGGCGCGAAUAAGUAACACAUUUCCGAACAACACCUUGCGCCUUUAGGGAACUACGAAUUUUACUUUUCAUCUGGCGUAGAGAGCCUUUCGGAAACCUUAAAACAACCCGCGCAGAGUUUGGUUUCUAUUUUUUUCCUCGAGAGCCUCAGAAGGAAGAACUUUUUAAGCUUUUAUGAAUGGAUAGAGACUAAAUUUUUUUUUUCAGCUUUCAAUUAGCACCUUCAAGGCGGUCGACGGCGUGUUAAACUCACCUCUUUUCGACAAAAAAAAACAUUUCGUGUCUUGCCAGGAAAAUCGUUGAUUUUAUCAAUGUUCGAGUAAGAGAAAUGACGGUGGAGAUUACCCAACUCACAAGCGAAGAACUUCGCAUUAUGCGAACAGCGUUCAACAUUUUUGACAGAAAUGCAGACGACCAAAUCGAUCAGGCAGAGUUUGGCAGCUUGAUUCGAGCAAUCGGCUUCAACGCCAGCAAUCAUGAAAUAGAUGAAAUUCUGAAGAAAUUUGAUAAAAAUAAAGACGGAGUUAUUGAUUUUCAGGAGUUUAUCAGCAUGGCCAAGCAUUUUGAAGGAUGUGGGAAGGACGAAAUGGAACAAAACUUGCGACAAGCUUUCAGGUGAUAGAUAAGUAACUCCAUUACUCAUAUCGUAGGCUUCUUGUCAAAGCAUGUUGUGAUCGUAAAUGGAUAUCGAUAAAUUUAAAUUUUCCGCUUACAGCUCAAUGUAGUUGCACGAACUUGAAAACGAAAAAUCAAAUCUCUGAGGUACUUCGUAGGUUUUUUUCUUUUAGUAGGUGGAAGGGAUGUUUAAUAUCUCUGUGCCCGUUGCAAUAAUCAAAUCGAGGAAGCGUCCAUUUUAUUGACGUUGUAUCGUUUCACGUUUGUUUCUUAAACUAGAUUCUGCAUGAAUAAACGUGAAUAGCUGGUGCCAAUUCACUCUAAUGGAUUCGAAAUAUUGGCUGCGGUUGUCUGGGUAAUCACUCUCUGAUGUCUCAUUAAAUAAAUUGGGAAGAUGUUCACUUUUGGUUAAGUUGCGAAAACGAUAUCGACACUUUUGAAGAAUGAUUCACCUGCUAUAUUGAGAAGUUCUCAGCAAAAUUCGCCGAGUAUACUUUGGAACAGAGAAAAACAAAUACAGUCAACCUGUCACUAAAUGGCAUAAAAGCAAUUUGAAAUAUUUUGCAUGUUUAACAUCCCUAUGUGUAUAAUUUGCAUUAUGAUAGGUUGAUUUACUUUUAACUAAUCGAGCCUUUAAGAUUGCAGAUUUUACUUCACUUGCAAUGAGAUUUUACAUAGCCAGCUUUCUUUUUCAACUAAGCUGGUACUCAUUUAAAAACCAAUCAAUUAUCGGCACACACAUGACGGAAAUAUGCACGAGGAAUUGUUAGCAUCUGAGACCCUAUGCCUCAAAAAAAAAAUAAUACAUCUCUUCUUCUUAUGAAUCAAAAGUCAAUUAUGGAAACCCUGCAUGUAGCCAAGCAUAUUUCGUCUUGAUAACUUGUUUUGAUGGAAACUAAAAACGGAGAGUGUAUUCAAAUUGAUGGAUCGUCUUAAAUUUGCCUCAGGUCCGACUUCCGCAACACCUGCUUAAAAGUGUUUCGUGAGAAUGAUUUUCUGUAUAGUUCUUUUAUUCACAACAAACACAACUUCCUAUUCAGACUAAAAUAAGAUGAAUUACUUUUGCCGAAUGAAAGAUUUUUUUCUUUCCAAUCGUUAUGACAUCAAUGUCCAACUCGGCCGCACUCACGCUAUAGUUUAAUUUGCAUUUUGCAACAUAAACUAUCUUAAAUAUCUUUUUCUCUUUGGCUCUCUUAACUUCGGCGAGAUUAAAAGCCACACUGCUUUCACACUUUCACACUUUCACACUGCUGUUUUCACCACAAACUGGCCAUUAAAAUUAUUUGAGAUGCGGUAAUAUGAGAACGAAAUUUUAACUUAAGUUGCACCCGUAUAGUAAUUAUUUCAACGCACGAAAUGAAAAUAGAAGGCAAAGUUUAGAAAAAAAAAUUGAAAGCAUCAAUUAUGGAUAGAAGACACUCUCAGGAACAAUACGUUGGUGUAGUAAAGAGCCUCUUGAAUAAGGGAAAAAAUAAUUAACAGUGGAAAAGCAUUAAAUUCUACAUAGAUGUGAAAAAGUUCUCUUCAUUCAGCCGGAGAAUAGUGUUAAUCAUUAUCUAUACAAGAUUGAAUAGUUUUGUUGCGCGAUGAUCCCACCAUUUUCGCCUUCAUUGUCAAAGAUAACAAAGUUCGAUUCUCCUAAGACGCCUCCAUACAGCUGCUCAAUAACAGGGGUUUCAGUAACUUUCCCAUAAACGGCUACCGAUGGUUUAAUAGGUGACUGUGCACCGGCGAAACUUAAACACGAAUUUUUUAUAUUAUCAAAUUUGUGGGAAGAGGGCCUGCGAAUCCAAGCCCAGGAAUUUAAGCCUACUUUCCCCUCCCCAAUCAUGAGAAUUGUCAUGCAUAUGCCGUGUUACAAAACAAAUUAACAAACCUUCUUAUGUAAGAGUGCAAGUUUUUGCUAAAAAAAAAUCUUGUGAAAAUUACCAAUGUAUUUCUCUUUCUAAAAUAAAAGCCUUUUUUUCUUUUUUUUCUUUUCAACAGGGUUUUCGACCGUGACGGCAACGGUUACAUUUCCGCAGAGGAGUUACGUUAUGUGGUGACUUCUUUCGGGGAGGUGCUCAGUAAUGAAGAAGCCGAAGAAUUGAUUGCCAUGUUUGACAAAAAUAACGAUGGUCAGCUGGAGUAUGAAGAGUUUGUAACUUGGGCUAAAAACUCCUUAGCUGAAUAUCUUAAAUCUUUGUGAUUAAGUUAAUACUUCCUUGUAAUUGUUCCAAAGCAGCCAUAGGUUUCAUACCGCUGAACUUUCAUUUAGCUUUGUCAGGUGAAUUUAAUAGCUAUAUCAUUUGUAUUUAAAACUUAGAGCGCUUGAGUUAUUGUAUGGCAAAAUCACGUCCAUAAACAUUGGACUGGUAUACCUUUGCGUUUGGCUUAUGAUCGACGGGGAGGGGGCUUAUUUCUGUGGGGCUGGUAACAGGAGCCUUAAAUUGUUGUCACAAAUGUAGCUUACAAAUAUUACACUCGAGAUUAAAAAAAUCGACUCCUUG